AUUGCAUCCUGGGAUGGGCAGCGGGCGCUAGGGGCGGGGUCCAGUAGUGCAUGUUACCUUUUCCCCUCUGUACCCCACCCUCACCUCCGCAUCCUCCUCCCCUCUCGUGUAUGCUUAACAGCUUUGUCUGUGGGAUCCUAGUUGCAUGCUAGGAGGCAGCAGUGGGGAUGAUUUUGUUGAAGCAGGUGAAUGGCCAGCAAGGAGGGGGGCCCGAGCCAUCGGCAGCGGGAGACAAGUGGAAAGCUCCACAGGGCACAGAUUCCAUCAAAAUGGAAAAUGGGCAGAGCACAGCAGCAAAGCUGGGGCUGCCACCCCUCACACCUGAGCAGCAGGAGGCCCUCCAGAAGGCCAAGAAGUAUGCUAUGGAGCAGAGCAUCAAGAGUGUGUUGGUGAAGCAAACCAUCGCCCACCAGCAGCAGCAGCUCACCAACCUCCAGAUGGCAGCAGUGACAAUGGGCUUUGGAGAUCCUCUCUCACCUUUGCAAUCGAUGGCAGCUCAGAGGCAGAGGGCACUGGCAAUCAUGUGUCGGGUGUAUGUGGGCUCCAUCUACUAUGAGUUGGGAGAAGACACCAUCCGCCAGGCCUUCGCCCCCUUCGGUCCUAUCAAGAGCAUAGACAUGUCCUGGGACUCAGUCACCAUGAAACACAAGGGUUUUGCCUUUGUGGAAUAUGAGGUGCCAGAAGCUGCCCAGUUGGCCUUGGAGCAGAUGAACUCUGUGAUGCUAGGAGGAAGGAAUAUUAAGGUGGGUAGGCCCAGUAACAUCGGACAGGCCCAGCCCAUCAUUGACCAGCUGGCUGAAGAAGCCAGAGCCUUUAACCGCAUCUACGUGGCCUCAGUGCACCAGGACCUCUCAGAUGAUGACAUCAAGAGUGUGUUUGAGGCAUUCGGCAAGAUCAAGUCAUGUACUUUGGCUCGGGACCCGACCACAGGCAAACACAAGGGCUAUGGCUUCAUCGAAUAUGAAAAGGCCCAGUCAUCUCAGGACGCUGUCUCAUCCAUGAAUCUCUUUGAUCUGGGGGGCCAGUACCUUCGGGUAGGCAAGGCAGUCACACCCCCUAUGCCCCUACUUACACCUGCCACUCCUGGGGGUCUCCCACCUGCAGCUGCUGUAGCAGCUGCUGCUGCCACAGCCAAGAUCACUGCCCAGGAAGCAGUGGCUGGUGCAGCUGUACUAGGCACUCUGGCCACACCUGGGCUAGUGUCACCAGCACUGACUCUGGCCCAGCCCCUAGGAGCUCUCCCACAAGCUGUCAUGGCAGCCCAGGCCCCUGGAGUCAUCACAGGUGUGACCCCUGCAAGACCCCCCAUCCCUGUCACCAUUCCUUCUGUCGGGGUGGUGAAUCCCAUUCUGGCUAGCCCUCCGACACUAGGCCUCUUGGAGCCUAAGAAGGAGAAGGAGGAGGAGGAAUUGUUCCCUGAAUCAGAGCGGCCGGAGAUGCUGAGUGAGCAGGAGCACAUGAGCAUUUCGGGCAGUAGUGCCCGCCACAUGGUCAUGCAGAAACUGUUGCGGAAACAGGAGUCCACAGUGAUGGUUCUACGAAACAUGGUGGACCCCAAAGACAUUGAUGAUGAUCUAGAGGGGGAAGUGACAGAAGAAUGUGGCAAGUUUGGGGCUGUCAACCGUGUCAUCAUCUACCAAGAGAAGCAGGGUGAGGAAGAGGACGCUGAAAUUAUAGUCAAGAUCUUUGUGGAGUUCUCCAUGGCCUCAGAGACACACAAGGCUAUCCAGGCUCUCAAUGGGCGUUGGUUUGCUGGCCGAAAGGUGGUGGCUGAGGUCUAUGACCAAGAGCGCUUUGACAAUAGCGACCUGUCUGCGUGACCUCGGCCCUUCUCCUCCCCAACCUCUCACAGACUUGAAUCUUCCUUUUCUUGUCUCUCCCCUCCAGUUUGUGUAGAAAGAUAUAUGGGGCUCACCCUGGGGGGCUGAAUUCAGCCCCUGCCUGGCCUUUUUGUGUAGUUUGGAUAAAAGUACGGAUGCUGCUGGCCCCCUGUACACACUGUGUGUGAGAUCAUAUGCUUGCCGGCUCUCCCCAACUCUCCAUGGACUUUUAUCUUCCAGGGCCACCUCCUAGGCUUUGGCAAGAGCUUUCUGGCCCUUGUGGUGCUUUGAGGGGCCAUUUAGCCUCACCCUUGUCAAUUUUUUCAGUUCAAGUGUUUGCUCUGUGCUAGGCUGUGUUGGGGGAUAACAAGAGAAGAUAUGGUCUUCCCCUCAAGGACCUCAUGGCUGGGUCAAAAAUGCACACACAAUGAAAUAGAAUGAUGCAAGUAGUCUCUACCCUCUGUUUUCUGCAGAAAGAUAAGGGACUGCUUUGAGACUGGGCCCAACCCUACCAGGCCUGUGGUUUAAAUAAAAAAAAAAUGAGGGUCCUACAGAUCUUAA